ACUGGAAAGCCUCAUUCAUUUCAACUCAACAAUGUCAAACCACAUUCUCUGCAUAUUAGCACAGUCUGUGUGCAGAACUGGCCUCUCUGCAUUCCAGUCCUAUCACAUUUACUGCACAGAAAAAUCUGAUAAAGGAGGCCCCAGCUCAUAUACUAUUGUAUUGUUUACAUACAGGCUUUGCAAUUGAUACUUUUUUUUUAUAUUCGCAACAUUUUACACAUAUAGACUUAACUGGCAACCAAGAAGUGCUACUUUAAUACAGGCCUACCGUAUGAAUAGAAUGACAGACACAUUUUAUGGAUAUUUACUGUUACAAUCUAGUUUUGUCUCCUAUAGGAUCAAUGCUUCACACGGGACAUCUCAACUGAAACACCUGUGCACGUGACUGUGGCGCCCUCUAGUGGUCGGCACAAAGGAAGGAGGUACAGCAAGCAGCCGGUAGGUGAGGUCACCACCGUGUUCGGCACAGGACUACAGACAGGCAACUGUUUACCAUCCAUCCUGGAACAAUCGACUUUAUCCAGAGUUGUGAAGCCAUGACCGGGCCAGUCGUGCCAUUGGCAUCCUGUUAACUCUGCUGAAAAUGCCCUAUGCGUGUUGCUAUGUGCUAGAAGAUGGCGGAGUCAGAUGGUGGGGAAUUUGCUCCAAAAGAUACGCAGAACAGUAUGGCAAACAAGAAUAGCACCCUUCGCUGUACUUUCUCAGCCCCGAGCCACAGUUCCACCCUCCUUCAGGGCUUGUCUGUGUUACGGGCUCAGGGCCAGCUACUUGACGUCGUGCUGGCCAUCAACGAGGAGCGCUUCCAGGUCCAUAAAGCAGUGCUGGCCGCCUGUAGUGAUUACUUCAGAGCUAUGUUCACGGGAGGCAUGAGGGAGUCGAACCAAGAUACCAUUGAGCUGAAGGGUUUGUCUGCCCGUGGGCUGAAACACAUCAUCGACUUUGCCUACAGUGCAGAAGUCACUUUAGACUUGGACUGCAUUCAGGAUGUCCUCGGAGCUGCUGUCUUCCUCCAAAUGGUUCCUGUCGUGGAGCUCUGCGAGGAGUUCCUCAAGUCAGCGAUGAGCGUUGAGACCUGCCUGCACAUCGGCCAGAUGGCCACCACGUUCAGCUUGUCCUCCUUGAAGGAGUCGGUGGAUGCCUUCACCUUUUGCCACUUCCUCCAGAUUGCAGAGGAGGAUGAUUUCCUGCACAUUCCCAUGGAGCGCCUCACCUUCUUCCUUCAAAGCAACAAACUGAAGAACUGCAGUGAGAUCGACCUCUUCCACGCCGCCAUCAGGUGGCUCCAGUACGACGAGUCUCGCCGGGCUCAAGCCAGCAGCGUCCUCUGCCACGUGCGGUUCCCCCUCAUGCGCUCUUCAGAGUUGGUGGACAGCAUUCAGAGAGUGGACAUCAUGGUGGAGGAUGUUCAGUGUCGCCAGUAUCUCCUCGAGGCCUUCAACUACCAGAUCCUUCCCUUCCGACAGCAUGAAAUGCAGUCCUCACGGACACUCAUUCGCUCUGACGUCAUGUCACUCAUCACCUUUGGUGGGACGCCCUACACCGACAACGAUCGCACAGUCACCACAAAGGUGUACUGUCUUCCAGAUGUCGCAUCCCGUCAGUUCAAAGAGCUUACGGAGAUGGAGACGGGGUGCAGCCAUGCUUGUGUUGCCGUACUAGACAACUUUGUCUACGUCGUCGGCGGACAGCACUUACAGUAUCGUAGUGGCGAGGGGGCGGUGGACAGCUGUUUCCGCUACGAUCCACAUCUGAACCAAUGGCUGCGCAUUCCACUCAUGCAGGAGGCUCGUAUCCAGUUUCAGCUAAAUGUGCUGAAUGGACUGCUGUACGCCACUGGAGGGCGCAAUCGAUCUGGCAGCCUGUCAUCUGUAGAGUGUUACUGCCCAAAGAAGAAUGAGUGGUCAUAUGUGGAACCAUUAAAACGCCGGAUUUGGGGUCAUGCGGGGACUUCCUGUCAAGAGAAGCUGUAUAUCUCAGGAGGAUACGGCGUCUCAUUGGAUGACAAGAAAACUCUUCACUGCUACGAUCCGGCGACAGACCAGUGGGACUUCAGAGCUCCCAUGAAUGAACCCAGAGUGCUGCACACCAUGAUCAGCACCAGGGAUCGGGUUUACGCCCUGGGCGGCCGCAUGGACCAUGUUGACCGUUGUUUUGAUGUGCUAGCGGUCGAGUAUUACAUUCCAGAGAACGACCAGUGGACCACAGCCAGUCCUAUGAGGGCCGGCCAGUCUGAAGCGGGCUGCUGCCUUCUAGACGGGAAGAUUUACAUCGUCGGAGGUUACAACUGGCACCUGAACAAUGUCACAAGUAUCGUUCAGGUGUACAACACAGAGACAGAUGAGUGGGAGAGGGAUUUGCAUUUUCCAGAAUCCUUUGCUGGGAUUGCUUGCACACCAAUUAUACUUCCACAAAACAUCACACAGCGCUAAGCAGAAGACCUACGACUGUGAAGAUUUAUUCCAUGUGCUCUUUCUGCCGACUGUUGAGUCAACACAAGGUGUGAUCGUUUUGUGUGCGUGAGUGUGUGCGUGUUUAUAUGUUCAUAUGAAGAAAUUGACCUAAAAAGCCACAGUACUGUUAUUUGGGUAUUACUCUGUAGCUUCAGAGGGUUCGUUCAUAUUUAUUCCACAUGAAGGGUCUUUAUUUUGAGUUGUUCUGAAUUUAUGAACUAAAGUUAUAAAUUACACUUGUAGUUGUCUGAGAUGUGUUUAAUACAUAAACUGAAAAGGAUUUUUUUUCAAACAUUUGUACCAUUUGGAAAAUAGUAGAGCAGAUACUUUAACGAAGCGUAAACGGUAAUAGUAGCACUAACUACCCCAAGUUUUAUUGAUCAAGGGCUUCAGUUACACACAGCAAAAAUGUCUCUAGACAUAAUUAUCAUUUAGAGUAUGCUACAAUUUAUCCAGUGACAACAUUUAAACUCAACCUUUAUAAUGUUGGACAGCUUGAUUGUACAUUGGUUUUUUUAUUUAAUUUAUUUUUUUGUGCUAUGUUGUAAUUAUUUAACAACCGUUAGUGUUUUAAAGUCUAUUUACUAAUCAGCAAACCUCGUAUCAAUGAUGGCACACAAACGAGUAUUGUAUGUGUUUAAACUGUGAAUUUUUAUUAGUUAUUCCACGUUAGUCUUUUUUUUC